CUGUUUUAGCGUAGAUAAUUUUUCUCGUACUAUUCGAAAUAUUGAUAUCAUUCGGCGAGAAGUAUCAGCAGCAAUUGAAGAAUGGCAGAGAUUUUCAUCGUUGUACUUUCGAGAAGUGUCACCAAAUGCGGAUGCAGAUAUUAGAAUCAGCUUUGCAAGAGGUGAUCACUACGAUGGAUUUCCAUUUGACGGUAAUGGUCGAGUUUUGGCACAUGCAUUUCCGCCCGGUGGAGGACCCGGAGGUAACGUUCAUCUGGAUGACGAUGAACACUGGACUGUUCGACUCAUUGGUGAUCCGCUAGCGAACUUGAUUAGUCUUCGAGCAAUACUUCUUCACGAAAUUGGCCACAGUCUUGGACUAGCCCAUUCUUAUGAUGAUAAGAGUAUAAUGUAUGCAUUCUACCAGCAUAGUCUACGUCCAGAAUUGACAGUUAGCGACAUAAGUUCUAUUCAAAGGUUGUAUGGCAAAAAGAUUCGCCAUGUUGGAUUUACAACAGCACUUACUCGUCCAACGACGACGCCGCGACCAAGAACACCAAAAACAACUAAGUGGUGGCAUAUUCCAAAAAUACCUUUAAAGCCACCUACAGUAUCUCCGCGAACCCCACCGGAUAUCUGUAGCACAAAAAUUGAUGCAGUCACCAGAGUUCGAGGAGAAUUCUUUGUUUUUAAGGAUAAAUGGCUUUGGCGGUUUCGAAAUACUGGUGAACUUCGAUCAGGACCAAGGCUGAUUUCACUUUACUGGCGUGAAUUACCAGAGAAGAUUGAUGCAGCUGUAGAGGAUAAACGAUAUUUAAUGUUUUUUACCAAGAAUAAAUGUUAUAUUUAUGAUGGACAUCGGCUUUUAUCAGUAAAGCGCCUAACCGAUUUCGGGUUACCCUCCUAUGUACAAAAAGUUCGCUUGGUUUAUGCAUGGAACUAUUGGCCAAAUGACCCCAUUUACAUUUGGACUGAAAAUGACGAAUACUGGAAAUUAGAUAAGGAAACGGGAAGAGUAGAACUGGGUUAUCCAAGACGAAUAAGUGCAGUAUGGCAUAAUGUUCCAGAUGAUGUAAGUGCAGCUGCGACGCUAAAUAAUGGUAACUUACUCUGA